GCCAAGGAGCUGGGACGCACCGCAAGAGCUUCGAGGAUUCCACAAGCUUCAAACUCCAGAUUCCACAGAAGUCAAGGCAAGGCAAGGCAAGGAGACUACACUCGGCGAAAAGAUGUGCGACUGCGGCUGCUAUUCGUACUGUCUCCACGACAGCUCCUGCUACAGCCACUACCACUCGCAUUCGCACUCGCACUCCCAUCACUGCUGUGCGGGCUACAAGUAUCUCAAGUGUCUCUGUCGCUACUAUCGGCAUGGACACUGCACCUGCUCCUGCUGGCGGAGGAAAUGCUAUCUGCUCUAAAGAGGACGAGGAUGCUCCUUCCAGGGGAUAACCGGAUGAGGCGGAGAUAGCAUGAGAUGAGGCACACAACACAACACCACACAAAUCACAACUCAAACAACGCAAAUCAGCAAAGAAUUCACACGAUAAAGUCCUUUAAGCAGUUGCAUAACACUUGGCUGCACCCAGUCGAGCAGGAGUGAAAAGUGAAAGAGCAAAGUCGAGAAUGGAGAAUGGCAAACGGAGAGUGUGGUGGUAUCGGAGCGGUAUCAGAAGCGGAGAGGAGGAAGCAACUAGCGUGCAUACGGGUCGUAUGUGCAACGUUUUCAGUUGCCGUGUGAGAGUGAGUGAGCGUGUGCCUAUGCCUGUGACUGUGACUGUGAGUGUAAAUGGUUCAAGGAUGUGGCCAACACUGUUAUCGACUGCGUUUUGCAUUUUGCAUCUGCAAAGCCCCCAUUCACACCCAACACACACCGAACACACACACACACUUAACUCCAGUGAAGCAACUCGAAUUAGUGCGUAAGUUUUACUCACACCCCACAGUACACCCUCGAUUGACAGCCACAACACAUCGUUAUCGAACUAAAUACAUCCAAUGUUAGAGCGUAGUGCGUAUCGAUCAGCGUUCGAGGUUUUCGCCAUAUUUGUAACGUUUCCAAUCCAAAAACAAUCCAGAAUAAAGUUUUACUCCAACACCA